UCCUUUGAUGGUUCUUGGGUUCUUUUCUGGAAAAGGGUGGACUCUUUCUUUCCAUUAAGAUUCCGUUAGGGGUAUGGAGUCUUCACGUUCCUCAAGAUUGGUUUUUGUUUUAUUUUUAUCUUUGAAAUCUAUGUUCGAAAGGACCCUUUUGCUCCUUUUUUAAGAAAAGAAUGCGUGCUCUUUCUAAUGAGUUCGUUUGGUUUUUGUUUUAUUUUUCUCUUUGAAAUCUAUGUUCUAAAUGAUCCUUUUGCUCCUUUUUAAAGAAAAGAAUGCGUGCUCUUUCUAAUGAGAUCGUUUUUCUUGGCACAGAGGUUUCACCUCCAUCAAGAAUGGUCUUUGCCUUACAUUUCUCUUCGAAAUUUAUGUCUUCAAUGACCUUUUUCUGUUCCUUUUUUUUUUUCCAAGCAAAGAAAGAGCCUUUCUUUCUAAUUAGCUCUUUUUGUUUUUGUCUCACCUACCUCUUUGUAAUCUCUGUUGGAAAUGAUAUUUUCUUUUACAUCUAUAGGGAAUGAGAUCUUUUUUGGGUCCAGAUAUUAUCUGCCUUCCGUUCCUCUUUGUUGUGAUUCCUAUUUUGAAUACUGCAAACUCUUCUUGCUUGAGAGAAAGAUAGUUUUUCUGUCUAACUAGGUCUUGUUGCAGUAUAAAGGCCCUAAGAGGAGAAAUUAGUUGGUUUUCCCCAAAUAAUCUCCUUUAAUUGUUUAAUGAGCAGAACUUGCAAAGUGCUAUCUUGAAGCUUAGGAAUUUUCUUUUGUUCGGGGCGUUGUAAAUUUUGGUUUUUUAUUGCCACUCUCUUGGAUUAGUACUCUUGGGUUAAGGGGCAAUUUUAUAUUCUUUGGGAUUUGCUUAUAUAUCAUCUACAUGUGGUGGGAGUGAUUCUGUGGAAAUAGAUGCUGCACAAGCCCAGAUCCAUAUCUGAACACUGAUGCUGGAACGAUGUCCCCAUUUGAGCAUGGGGAAGUGUUUGUUUUAGAUGAUGGUGGUGAGGUGGACUUGGAUCUUGGAAACUAUGAAAGGUUCCUAGAUAUCAAAUUGACUUGUGAUAACAAUAUCACCACUGGCAAGAUCUACCAGUCUGUCAUUGACAAGGAGCGGAGGGGGGACUAUCUAGGGAAAACAGUGCAGGUUGUGCCACACAUCACAGAUGCCAUACAAGAGUGGAUAGAACACGUGGCAGUGAUACCUGUGGAUGGCAAAGAAGGACCUGCUGAUGUUUGUGUCAUAGAAUUGGGUGGAACUAUAGGAGCCACAGUCUAUUCAAAGAAUAACGGCAAUGGAAUUCUUGAUGCAGGGGAUAUUGAAUCAAUGCCAUUUAUUGAAGCGUUGGGUCAAUUUUCUUAUCGUGUAGGUCCUGGUAACUUCUGUCUGGUUCAUGUCAGUCUUGUGCCAGUUUUGAAUGUAGUUGGUGAACAGAAAACUAAGCCAACCCAGCAUAGUGUUCGUGGCCUAAGAGGACUUGGGUUGACACCAAAUAUUCUGGCUUGUCGCAGUGCUAAGGUGCUGGAGGAAAAUGUAAAAGAAAAACUCUCACAAUUUUGCCAUGUCCCGGCGGCAAAUAUCAUUACUCUUAAUGAUGUUACAAAUAUAUGGCACAUUCCUUUACUGUUAAGGGACCAGAAGGCACAUGAAGCUAUUUUAAAAGUACUGAACCUUCAACGAGUUGCCCGAGAGCCAAAGUUGGAGGAAUGGAUGAAUAGAGCUAAACUCUGUGAUGCACUGCAUGAUCCUGUUAGGAUUGCCAUGGUUGGAAAGUACACUGGUCUUUCUGAUUCUUAUCUCUCUGUAUUGAAGGCUCUUUUGCAUGCUAGUGUUGCUUGCCGUAAGAAACUUGUGGUGGACUGGGUUCCAUCUACUGAUCUCGAAGAAAAUACUGCAAAAGAGGCACCUGAUGCUUAUAACGCUGCUUGGAAUCUAUUAAAGGGUGCAGAUGGCAUACUAGUUCCAGGAGGUUUUGGAGACAGAGGAGUGCAGGGGAAAAUUCUUGCUGCAAAAUAUGCCCGUGAGAAUAAUGUUCCAUACCUUGGCAUUUGUCUGGGCAUGCAAAUUGCUGUGAUUGAUUUUGCUCGUUCUGUUAUGAACUUGUGGGAUGCAAACAGCACAGAGUUUGAUCCUGAUACAAGAACUCCAUGUGUUGUUUUUAUGCCAGAGGGCUCCAAAACUCACAUGGGAGGGACGAUGCGUCUUGGAUCAAGGAGGACAUAUUUCCAUGUUACCGACUGCAAAUCUGUAAAGUUGUAUGGCAAUGUUAGCUAUGUAGAUGAACGGCAUCGACACAGAUAUGAGGUCAAUCCUGAUAUGGUUGCAGAAUUUGAAAGUGCUGGCCUUGCAUUUGUCGGUAAGGAUGAAACUGGAAAACGUAUGGAGAUUAUUGAGCUGCCUGCCCAUCCAUACUUUGUCGGUGUCCAAUUUCAUCCAGAGUUCAAGUCGAGACCUGGACAACCCUCAGCACUUUUCUCAGGACUAAUAGCAGCCUCAUGUGGGCAAUUGGAUGCUUUGCUGCAAAAUCCCAGCCACCUUAACAAGCCCAUCAAAGCAAAAAUUUCAAGCAAUGGUGUUUUCUCACCAAAGGUCUAUCAAAAUGGACAUCAAAAAGGACAUACACACAAGCCUGCUAAUAACCUGGUGAAUGGAAACUACUAUUCAAACGAUUGGUUUCAUCUCCGCAGUCCAUUGAGAAGAGAGGUUUAAACUCGAGCAGACUGCUGCAAGAAUUAAGCUUGUUCCAGGGUUUUAACAAGGAACAACCUUGUAUUUCCCCCCAAACAACUGGGGUGUGAGGGUGUCUUUUUGUUUCAUUUCUUGAUAGGUUGGGAUUUGUUGGAACUUGUUGAUGGGGACUUUGCUACCUUAACAUGUGCAUUGAGAAUUACUUUUUGCAGUGUCUGCUUAUAUUUCCUGCUACUGACUUC